GUGAGUGAAGGUGAAAGAGCGGGUGGUAACUUCUUCCUGUUUCCACCCCAACCUCUACAACCCAAAUACCGCAACAAACCAUCUGGUUACCAUAUUACCAACGUACAGAUUCUACUCAACUCGCUGACAUGGCACAUUUUACUUCCGCCCACCCCACUUUUCCAGAGAUGCACCUGCACUUUGAUGACCAGGAUCGAGCUUCCCCUUGUGAUCACUGUCUCUACUUCAAAGGGAUCGUACACCGCUGCGCCGUUCGACAGAAUCUCACCGGAGAAGAUGAACAAGUCACACGUCGCAACAACCUGAUGCAGGGCCCGCGAUCCCUUGAAUCCAUCGCACUAGCUGAAGAGGCCAUCGAACAGCGCGAGCAUGCAAGGUUUAUGUCUUGGAGCCGGUCUCGCGCAGCCAUCACUAACGUGCCGCCACCCAAGUACCCCAGAAACAAGGCGAAAGGCGUGAACCAUUUCGCUGGAGAGAGCGACACCGCGGAGAAAUGGCUCAACAACUCCACCAAGGAGGAGCUCAUCGCCUGGCUCGAGAAGCGCAACAACCCACAAGACAACAUGGACGAGCUGCGCCGCGCCGGCAUCUUCGAUCUGCGCGAGCACAUCCUGCAUCGCAACACCGCGCAGCCGACCCGGAAGCCUUCGACUGCCUACCCCAUCGCAGCGCCCGUCCGCGCCGAGCACAACGAUACCGCGACCGCGUCGCCUCAAGACAAGAAGUCGAGCUCGCAGAAGAACGUAUUCGAUCAGCGCAUACAGGCGCACAAGAGUCUCAAGCCACCCCAGGCGGCGCUGCGACAGCGCGAGGAGUUGCGGCGCUGGUAUGCGCAGAGCAAGGCACCUGAGCUGAGGGAUGAGCUGAGGCAGAGGGGGAUCAAGCCGAUGCACAAAAUCAAGGUGGAUUUGAUUGAGAUGCUGGUUGAGGAUGACAAGAAAGAAGUGUAGGUGGGGUUGGCGAAGCUUGGAUAAGAAUGUCCGGGGCGAAUGCAGCUGGGACAUGGCGGGAUUUUUACGUGCGCCGUUCCAAUUUCACACUACUAUUCCCACCUACUUGUUUCAUGCGGUCUGAUUCGCGGGUUCGCGAUUUCGUGGGUGAUAGAGAGCUACCAUUUGUGUGUACCACAGCGCUUGCCCAUCAUCUUCUGUGAACUGAGCUGGCCUAUGAAGCUGUUGCCACACGCUGGCACAGAGCAGCUACAGUCGCGGUAUCCACACUAAUCUUGUACGAGAUCAGAUAUCACCAGCAGUGAUCUCCAGCCCAGUCCGGAUACCGCGGAUGAUCUGACAG